CGCAACGCGUCCAGACCCAAAUCAGUUACCUACCAUCAGCAAUUCCUGCACAAAUCGUCAUCUUUUUAAAUCAUGCAUUUUUUCACAAUCAUCACAGCAGUCACCUCCGUCAGCCUGGCUGCAGCCCAGAGCAAUGAGUAUACUGCACUAGGCUGCCCCAACACCACCAAGCCCGAGGCCACCCCUGUGGAACAACUCGCAGCCUGGGACGACUUUACCAACCUCAUGUACACAGAAAAGCGCAUCACCGACGCUUUUGCCAAGUAUGCCGCCGCUAGCUACAUCAAUCAUUCGCCCCUCGUCACGACCAACGGGAUCAAUGAGACCAUGGGCGAGCUGUCGCAGAUUGUCCCCAAUGUGAAUUCCCAGUUGCAACACGCCUUUGUCGGGUGGGAUAGAAACGGCACCACUUUUGGCACGGCCCAUACCAAGGUGGACGGCGAUGAGGCCAUGGGGAUAUCGGACUCGGCGCUGGUGGAUAUCAUUCGCAUGGUGGGGACCUGCUUGGUGGAACAUUACGAUGUCCAGCAAUCCAUCGAUGGGACUGCCCCGAAUCCAAUUGCUUUUUUCUAGUGCUUCUGGGCUUGAGUCAAGAAUUUCAAACAGGGAAGUGUUUGGAUCUCUGUGAUGUAAUGGGGGGCAAAUGGGAUCUGUGUAAUAAUGAAUUUUAUGUUGGAACUUAGUCACCGU